AUGAAUGUCAAGGUUACGGACAUUUCAAAUCCGAGUGUCCCACUGCCAAGAGAAAGGAGAUCAAAUGCUUUGAAUGCAAAGGAGUAUGUGGCGUUUAUGGUUGCUAUUGAAGAGAAAUGUGACUCAUCAGACAGUGAAUCAGUUGAAGACUCAUCAGAAGCUGAGGCAAAUCUGAUAGGAAUGUCAUCUGAGAGUGAAGAAGAAGAUGAUUCAUGA